AUGGCCUCCCAAGCUGCUGUGCCUGUCGGGCCGCUCCCAUGCAGCCUCUGGUACUUACGGCCUGGCCUCUAUGAGGAUGAAAACAGGAGGACUUGGGUGGUUGCAAGCCUGGAGAUUUCCACCUCUCGGCCCUAUCAGAACCAGCCUGACCCCUGCAUCACCACAGUCACAAUCCACUUGCGCCAUGUGACAGAGUUCUGCCAGGAGUUGCUGUCCUUCAGUGAGGCGAGCUUUCAGAGACUACCCAUCAUGUGGCAGCUAUACCCUGGGGGAGUCUAUCGGGGAACAGACUCCCAUUUCUGGCAACUGAUGGCCCAUGACCAGGCAAGGUCUGCAAUGGGGGAUUUGUAA